AUUUGAGUUGGUUAAAGAGUUUUUCCCGUGACCCGAUGGAGGCUUUUACUCUUCAAUUCGGGUAAUCAUCAUCAUGCAUCAAGUAUAAACUGACAAACAGUUACUGUACAAGUUGUAUUCCCAAAGACUCAAUCUUUGAGAGCAUCUUUUAGGAAUCUAAGUGAAGGGAAGAAGCAAAUCCCAGUGCUCGUUGGUGGGUUGCAGAAAGGCUCAAGAUUCUGAACUGAGACGUGAGAGAGUUGGGUCUGGAUCUUCAACACUGUUACUUGGAAGGGGAGAUCCCAUUUCUGGGCAGUUAAAAAGACUAUGGAACCCCCGAGGGGGUUUAUCGCAUCUCUCUGGAACUUCACUUGUUUCUUACCUUACUUCAUUGGUCUUCUCAUCCUUGGUGUUCUGAAAGGUGCCAUUUUGUGUCCAUUUGUACUUGUUAUAAUUACAGUUGGAAACACGGCUGUAAUUUUGGGCCUCUUGCCAGUACACCUGUUCUACACAUAUUACUCCAUCUUCAGCACAAAGCAACUAGGUCCAGUUUUGAAAACUGUUAUCGGCAUAUGUCUUCCAGCUGUUUUAUUAUUGUGGGUACUGAUUGCAAUUGUCAGCAGCAUUGUUGGUGGGGCAGCAUAUGGCUUCCUUUCACCCAUACUCGCUACUUCUAGAGCUGUUGAACAUGGAAAGACCAACAAAUUUUUUCACUGCAUAUAUGACGGGACAUGGGAUGUACUCAAACGGAGCUGUACUAUUGUAAGAGAUGUAGGGGAUUUUUGUUUUCAUUCCUACUUUUCAUUUUUAGAUGAUCUUCGUCUCCAAAAGCCCCCUGAUGUAAAGUAUUAUGAGUUGAGGUUGCUUGAUCUUCCCAGGAUGUUAAUUGGUAGCAUGCUUGGAAUAAUGGUUGAUGUCCCUGUGAUCACCGUGCUAGCUGCUUACAAAACCCCUUACAUGCUUUUCAAAGGAUGGCACCGUUUGUUUCAUGACUGUAUAGGACGGGAGGGCCCUUUCUUGGAGACAAUCUGUGUUCCUUUUGCUGGGCUUGCCAUCCUGCUUUGGCCAUUGGCAGUUGUUGGUGCAUUGUUAGGCUCAGUGGUCUCUAGUAUCUUCCUCGGUGCAUAUGCAGGGGUUGUUGCCUAUCAGGAGAGUUCUUUAUGGUUGGGGCUUUGCUACAUUAUUGCAUCGUUAUCCAUAUAUGACGAGUAUAGCAAUGAUGUUCUUGACAUGCCUGAAGGAUCGUGCUUACCAAGGCCAGAAUACAGGAAAGACAACUCAAGAACCAGCUCUCAUGGAGCUUCUUUCUCAAGGCCUAACUCUUUUAGAAAUUCACUUUCUUCUCAUAACACUCCUAUGAUUGAGUUGAAACACCUUGAGGUUGCUAAUGCUUUUUUCAGCGAGUGUCAACACUAUGGGGAAAUAUUGGUUUCUGAAGGAGUGCUAACACAGAAAGACAUUGAAGAUGCCAAGUCUAAUAAGGACAGUGGGCGGUUUAUAAGUAUAGGUCUACCUGCUUAUGGUGUGCUUCAGGUACUCCUACGUUCUGCCAAAGCCAACUCUGCCGGUCUAUUGUUAAAAUAUGAUGGUAGUACUACUGAAAUAAGUAGCACAAAUCGGCCGAAAGAUGCUUUCUAUGACUGGUUUCUCAAUCCACUCCUGAUUAUGAAAGAUCAAAUCAAGGCUGUUAACCUUUCUGAAUCUGAAGAAGAAUACCUCGGGAAAUUGGUCCUGUUGUAUGCAGAUAAGGUGAGGUUGAAAUUAUCAAACAAUAAUAUGCUCCAACCUGAAUCUGACCUAAGGUGGGCUGAGCUUGAUGCAUUAGCAAGAAGACUACAUGGGAUAACAAAAUCCAUAUCGAGAUACCCGACAUAUAGGCGUCGCUUUGACUGUAGCAUGAAGGUGAUCUUGAAUGAACUGGCUGCCAAGGACGGUAGUAACAGAGCAUCUGCAGGAGAAGCUAUUGCCAGGUCAAAAAGCAUGUUUGCUCGAAUUUUUAGCCAGAAAUCAUUAGAAGCCAGCAGUGGAUCUGACCAUGAGGCUCAAACAGUUGCUUUGGGGAGAGGUUGAAUUUCAGUAAUACUGAGUGAAAUGUUUGUCUAUAUAUAGUUUGGUUAGUUUCUUGCUAUGAAAAGAGCCGAUUUGUAUUGGCUUUAAACUACAGCCUCCAUUUGUAAAGUUUGUUCUUCAAUCAAGAAUUGCACUUCCAAAGCAAAAAAAAAGAAAGUUGUGAUUUGUAUGAGUGCAUUUGAAUGGAUUAAGGAUGGCCUGGCCUUGAUCUAUGCUGGUUAUGAUUCUGUAUCAUUUUUUGGCCUUCUGAAUUCAUAUGCUGUUUU